AUGUCUGCAGAUUUCUGGGCCGGCUACGUCUCCGGCGCCGCAGGCAUAAUAAUCGGCAAUCCCCUUGAUCUCGUCAAGACGCGAUUGCAAGCUGGAAAGACAGCCGCUGGUGUUGAUGCCCCCUCUGCCGCAGUACCGACUCCACAGGGGUUUAAGGGACAGUUUGAAAAUGCAGGGUCGCUCGUAAGAGCUCCCAUACUCGGCUAUGGCGCGCUUAACGCUCUUUUGUUCGUAACAUACAACCGUACGCUCGCACUCCUGUCCGACUCGCCAACAUCACCCACGUCGUUCUCGAAAGUCUUCAUCGCGGGCGCGACAGGAGGGUUCGCGUCGUUUGUAGUGUCUGCGCCUACAGAGCUCAUAAAAUGCCGUGCGCAAGUGUCGACGGAGAGGAACAUUACAUCGUGGUCAAUUGCAAAGGACAUUUGGAGAAGAGAUGGCAUUAGAGGGCUCUACUAUGGUGGUGGGAUAACUAGUGUGCGAGAUGCUGUGGGAUAUGGGUUCUACUUCUGGUCGUAUGAAUGGACGAAGCAGGCAUGGACAUCGCCCGACGACUCGAAUAGGGACGCAGCGAUUAAGGUUCUCCUUUGCGGAGGGCUAGCAGGCGUCGUUACAUGGGCUUCUAUUUUUCCUUUGGACGUGAUCAAGACGAGGGUGCAGACACAAAUACUGCACAGCGAACGUAGCCUGUCCGGUGAAGAACGCGCCUUGCUUCAUCCUGCCGUGCCUAAGAGACGUAUGAGCUCCUUAGAAAUUGCAAAGCAUGCAUACCAGACUGAAGGUUCCGGCGUCUUUUUCCGUGGGCUGGGCAUCUGUAGUGUGCGAGCAUUCGUCGUCAAUGCCGUCCAGUGGGCAAUGUAUGAGUGGAUGAUGCGUGUGCUGCAGAGGUCGUGAAUAGAAAGCCUGUCUCACCGGCGUUAGCACUCUGCCACACGCGAAAUAUCGAGACGAUCACAGGAAGAA